AUGUAAUAACGAUUCUAGAAAUUAGAAUAGAUUAUCAUUAAAUUUAGUGACAAACACUAACUAGUAAUCAAUUAAUAUAUAUUUAAUAGUUAAGAAGAGGAAUAUAUGUUGGAUUUAUUAUUAAUGCAGGUUUAUUUUACUCAUAAGUAAAAAUUGCUUCUUUUACAAUUAGAUGACUAAAUUUGCAGCCUUAAAAAGAAUGUAAGAAUAUAUGGUAGAAAAAACAUAAUAAUUUGAAAAUAGAUUGAUUUCUGAGCAAGAAUAAAUUAUCAAAUCUCUCAAAGAAUGA